UGCAUGGCGAAGCGGCGAUGCCACGUCGAAAGACGCUCGUUUCCGAGUCGCAGUGUGUUCAUAUCGCAAAUCGCUUAGAUGUCAAGGAACUGCACGUGAGAUGCACGUGAGUGAGACCUAACAUGGACGAAAUGGACUCUUGUGAGACCUACGAAAGCGAGAAUUAUGAGGCAGACUGGUACGAAAAUGAUCUGCAGUUGGCAGCAGAGCUCGGUAAAGCUCUACUUGAACGGAACCGUGAACUGGAGGCGGAAGUCUCGCAGUUACAGCAGACGAACAGUGAACAGUCGCAAGAGAUUCAGUAUCUUAAUAGACAGCUGGAGACAAUACGGACGAUGGACGAAUCACGCAUGCGCAUUUAUGAAGAACUAGAAAGGAACUCAUUGGAAAUAGAGAGAACCAAUCAAAAGCUACAAGAAGAAUCAAAAUCAGACAAACAGAAAAUCAACAGACUAGUGAGCACUGUGGAUCACCUGGAGAGCAAGGUGGAAGACUUGCAGAAGAAGAUAGACGACCUGAAAACGGCAGCGGUAGCCAGGAAGCAGGAAAGACGACGAGCCGUCAGUCUAGCCAGUCUCCUGGACCACGAGGCCAAGACCCAGCUCUAUCAAGACGACCUGACCUGGUCGUACACGGAACAGUUCAAGAAUCUGCCGCUCAAUCCGUACGAACUCGAGAUUCAGAAGCUGCAGGACAAGGUGCACCACCUGAAGAGUCUGCAGUCCAUAGAGAAGAACAAACGUGAGAAGCUGGAGCUGGAGAACAUGAUUCUGAUCCAGGAGAACGAAAUCCUGGAAAACAGGGUCAGCACGCUGGAACUCAACGUGAUGGACCUUCAGCGGAAAGAGAAGCUCGAGCUCCCAUCACCCGUGGCGAAAUCACCAUCGGACUCUGCGUCUAAGUCUAAAGUGGAGGUUUUCUGCAGCAGGUGUGAAACUGUCAUAGCAGACGACGAGUGCCAGACGUUGAUUCUGAAGGAAGUGGAACAUGACGACCCGACGCUCAGCGGCGAAGGAAAAGCCGUAAAGCUCGGGGGAGGUGGGAGUCUGUACGGGAGUACAGAAUCCAUCAACAAAGUGGCCACAGAUGCGCAGGAGAUCUCGGACAAGGGAGGGAUGAACGGCAACAGAAGUAUCUUGGAUGAGCUGGAGGCGCAGUACAAGACUCUGUUCACGAAGUACGAGGCCGUCAUCCAGGGCAGGUUCAAGCGCAUCAGCGGCGACCUGGACGAUACCGUCGAGGAGCGCAUGCGCAAGAGACUCGCAAACAAGGGCGUGCAGACGUUACUUAACCUGACGAAGCAUAACGAGUAUGCGCAGGAGGGUACCCAGCUGGCCCCGUACAAGAUUCUCUUCAAGGAGCUGUUCGCGACACUGCGUCAGACGAGGAUUGAAGAAGGGGCGGAGAAGUCUCCAAGCCCCUCCUCCACUCCCAUUACGUCGGAAAGCAAAGCUGUUGAUGAUUAUGAAAACUGAACUGAACCACAUAUUAAAGAAAAUCGGUCACAGACAUGUGGCGCUAAAUGUAUAGGCUCUGUUAUAUAUUUACCGGCAGGGGUUUACGCAGACGGGCCAAUUAAGGUCAUAGGUCAUUUUCCUUUUAAAUUAGUUUUAGGCGCCUCACUUUGAAAUACUAUCAAUGCCUGAUUAACUGAUAUGCUUUUCUUUCUAGGUUCCCUACCUACGGCUAUUGCUACAAACACCAUUGUAGCUAAACAGCAAAGUCAUUGUUCCUAACAUUAAUAUAUUAUCCGAUCUGUAAAUUAUUCUUUUAGAAUACUAAUCCUUGAGCCCAUGCAGUGAAAGGGAGGUAACAACAAUUAAUACAUUGAUACUUCUAACAAUAUGUUCAGCAGAGCCUAUUAGUUUCGUGUCGAGAAUUGGUGGCCAGUUUUCUUUAACAUUGAGCCUUUUUAAUUUGUCUUUCCAGUUUAUACACCAGAUGGUGCUUUUUUUAUUACUGCAUUUUUUUAAGUUUCAGUUUCGUUUUCUUUUUAAAUGUUUGUUUUCAAAUGUUAUGAACAUUGCAUAACAAUGUGAUACAAGUUGCUGCAGAAUAACAAUCUACUGUUGUGUAAUAUAAAUUUUGGUGAUUAUUGUUAAGCUUCAUUGUGCAAUAUACUAGUCGAAGAAUGAUCUAAGGAGAUUAGUUUCUUGAACUGAUAUGUUUCGAGUAAAUUGUUACACUGUAUGCCAUUUUUCUUUAUUGUGUGACUAUUUAAAACGGAACCCGCUUGAAAGCAAAUGUGUGAGCGUGUUCAGGAGGCCAGACGUUCACGGUCUCUGGUUAGACCGGGUUUUGUACAUAACAACUGAAUUGGUUGGGUAAGCACCGGCCUCGGUGAUGUCGUGGUUAGGCCAUCGGUCUACAGGCUGGUAGGUUCUGGGUUCGGAUCCCAGUCGAGGCAUGAGAUUUUUAAUCCAGAUACCGACUCCAUACCCAGA